AAGAAGAUCGUGACCUUCAGGGAUGUCAUGGACCUGCCAACAUGUAAUGCUUCUUCACCCAUAAAUCAGGUAUCUAUAUAAUUCCCUUUCAUCGGAAUUUUGUGGUUAGACGUUGCACAAGCUCCUUUAUGCAUUAUGCAAUUUUCAUAAUCUCCCUGCAAUUUUCUGCUUGCAGCUGGUGAUGGGGUUGAUGCUUGAUCUCCAAAAGCUCUACCCUGAAAUUGUACGUCGUAGUCAAUUAUCAGAAAUGAAGGGAGCAUCUACAGAAGAGAUCCUGGCCUCCUUCUGCAAUGCACUGAAAUCUAUUGCAGAUUCAUGGAUGACAAACCAUGACAGGUUGGACAAACUGAGAUAUGAUAUGCCAUCAUUCAAAGAGAAUGCCAAUUGGGACCAACACGUUGGAACCGUGUUGGCAACACUUGAGUGCUUGAUUAAGAUGGCAAGGGACAAGUUUGAUAUGAUGGACGAGGAUGAGCAGAAGAGCAACUGCAGCCCUCGCGGUAACUCAUUUGGGAGAUUCUUAGGCGACACCGAUUCAGAGAGUUACACCUCUAGCUGCCCUUCUCCAAUCACACCAUCCUCUGUCCUUCCUGAGGUGAUAGAUAGUGGUUCCCCCAAAUCUCAAAGGAGAUCGAAAGCUUCUUCCAGAUCACCCGUUCUCUUGACUUUAAGAGUGCAGGCAGUGGGGAAACUCAACCCAAUUGAUGUUAAGCAUUUGUCUCUUCACUUAUCAAAUGAAGGAGCCUCUGAUAAAAGUAACAAAUUGGUUGAUGAACCAUCAAGAGAGACAGUGGAAAGCAGCUCCGAGAAGUCAUCAGAGGAAGAAAACAGAUGUAGCAGCACAAGAGAGGACACAGCAGAGGUCCCAAAUCCAAGUUUGAAUGAGAAUGAUAGCAGAACUGUUAUAAUAGACAACAGAAACUGUGAUGAUGUUGGCAUUUCAACCACAGCCCCUGAAACUUUGGCAGUAGAUAUAACAGAAUUGCCUCCACCCUCACCACCACCAAACCUCACAACAACAAUACCUGUAACUCCACCACCACCACCAUCACUACCCACAUUGCAGCCAAAGGCUGCUGCGGCGCCUCCCUCACCGCCACCACCACCAACACUGCCUGUAUCACCAUCACUGCCCACGUUGCAGCCAACUGUUGCAGCACUACCGCCCCCGCCCCCACCGCCACCACCAACAUUAGCACCACUAAAUGCAGCACCUGCUAGGCGGCCAGCACCACCUCCACCUAAGGCACUGCGAUCAACAAAAGCUGCUCCACCACCAUCACUACCCACAUUGCAGACAAAGGCUGCUGCGACACCCCCCUCACCGCCACUACCACCAACACUGCCUGUACCGCCAUCACUGCCCACGUUGCAGCCAACUGUUGCAGCACCGCCACCGCCACCACCACCACCAACAUUAACACCACUAAAUGCAGCACCUGCUAGGCGGUCACCGCCACCUCCUCCUAAGGUACUGGGAUCAACAAAAGCUGCUCCACCACCGCCACCACCUCUGCCCAUGGCACCAGGAUCAACAGCAGCAGUUCCACCAACCCCACUACUGAUGCCGGUUGCAACUGCAUCUGCUCCACCACCCCCACCACCCUUGCUGCUUGCAAAUGGAGCUGCUCCACCACCCAUGGGGAGGCCUGCAAAUGGAGCUGCUCCACCCCCACCUUCACCCAUGGGGAGGCUGGCAAAUGGAGCUGCUCCGCCCCCACCUCCUGCACUUGGUGGAAGAUCCUUACUUAUGAAAAAAUCAAAUACUAAAUUGAAGAGAUCAUCCCAAAUGGGAAGUCUGUAUCGGACUCUCAAGGGGAAGGUGGAAGGGUCAAGCUUGAAUGGUAAAUCAUCCAAUGGGAGAAAGGGUGGAGCAGCUGGGAGCAGCGCAGCAGGUGGUAAAGGAAUGGCUGAUGCUCUAGCAGAGAUGACAAAGAGAUCAGCAUACUUUCAACAAAUUGAAGAAGAUGUUCAGAAAUAUUCAAAGGCUAUAAUAAAUAUGAGAACUACCCUGAGUUCUUUCCAAACAAAAGACAUGAAUGAGCUGUUAGAGUUCCACAAGAAAGUAGAAUUCAUUCUUGAAAACUUGACUGAUGAGACACAGGUUUUAUCAAGGUUUGAAGGAUUCCCUACAAAAAAGUUAGAAACAAUUAGAGCAGCAGUAGCACUCCACUCAAAGUUAAAUGCAAUGAUCACUGAACUACACAAUUGGAAAAUAGAGGCUCCCCUAGGUCCGCUCCUUGACAAGAUUGAACGUUAUUUCACCAAGAUCAAAGGAGAAAUAGAUAAACUGGAGCGAACAAAGGAUGAAGAAAUUAAGAAAUUUAAGAGUCAAAAUAUCCACUUUGAUUUCAAUAUCCUCAUCCGGAUAAAAGAAGCAAUGGUGGAUGUUUCCUCAGGCUGCAUGGAGCUAGCACUAAAGGAAAGAAGAGAAGCAAAGGACAGUGGAGAGGCACAAACUAUUGGAACCAAAACUGAUAAAAAGCAAUUAAAGAUAUGCAUUAAAAUGCUGUGGAGGGCUUUUCAGUUUGCCUUCAAGGUCUAUACCUUUGCUGGUGGACACGAUGAUCGUGCCGACAUGCUCACAAGAGAACUAGCUACUGAAAUUGAGUCUGACCCCUACCAGCACUGAACCUAACAUCCUUGUUCCCCAUACAUGAUCUAAUAGUACUCCUUAUAACAUAACCAACCAAAAACGGGAAAAAAAAAAACAGAAAAAACAGAAACUGUGGCAUUUGAUCAGAUGCUGAUCGAAGCAUUUUUUGGUGUCGCAACACAUUGUAAAUACUUUGUGUAUUGGAGUUGUGUUUUUGAAUUAGGCCUUAGCUAGAACAACUUCCAGGUUAAUAUUAUAAGAGCUGUAUAUCCUAGUACUUCACAUUGUAAAUACUCUAUGUGAGAUAAAGAUUUUGUAUUUCAUAUAUCAGUUAAUGCAUGUAUGAUAUCAUUCUUGUUCCAUCAAAACACAAUGUUAGCUACAUGACAAAAAAUAAUUCAUCAAUUCUUCAAUAAAUCAUAAAUUUAUAAGAGUACCCAAUCAUCAUGACAUGACCCAAUUUUGGCUACAAAGAUCAAACAAUGCACCAGUAUCCACACCAAAAAAAAAAAACUAAGUUGUAUUCAUAUGAGUUAAGUAUUGAUAAGAAUGAAUAAAAGGGAAGUUGUGGUUGUGAGA